GUAUGCUAAAAUACGCCAACCCUCUUAUCCUGCACCCGCUCCACACAAGCACACUCUCUAUUGCUCUGUUUUAUUGUAGUGAGAUUUGUCAUUUCAUCACAUGAAUGCAGAGAGAGGUUUCCCCUAGAGAUUAGGGGCUUGUUUUGUCUGGGACCAAUGGGUUAACGAAGUACGAUCUUAAAGUUGGAGAGAUUCAAAGGUUAGGUGCAGCCUGGCUGGCUUUGCUUCUUAUUUGAGUGUGAUUACGUGAGGCUUUGUCUUUCUGAAGUGGGUUUGCUCUCAGAGGAUCUGUGUUGGGUUUUCUACUAGCUAAGCUUUUGGUGUGGAAUUUCUUCAGACCAGUUUCCAUGGCUGGGACCAACGAAGUCAACGUUAAUGAAUCCAGGACGGUGGUUCCAUUGAAUACAUGGGUCCUCAUCUCCAAUUUCAAGUUGUCUUACAAUCUUCUUCGUCGGCCUGAUGGGACUUUUAACCGUCACUUGGCAGAAUUCCUUGAUCGGAAAGUGCCAGCCAAUGCAAAACCAGUUGAUGGGGUUGUCUCAUUUGAUGUCAUCAUUGACCGUGAAACGGGCCUGCUUACUCGAAUCUAUCAACCAGCCAAUGCUGAAGAAUCUGUGCUGAAUAUUCUUAAUCUUGACAAACCUGUGAGCAAUGAGGUUUUGCCUGUCAUCAUUUUCUUCCAUGGUGGAAGCUUUGCGCACUCCUCUGCUAACAGUGGCAUAUAUGAUAUUCUGUGCCGCCGACUAGUUGGUAUUUGCAAGGCUGUAGUGGUCUCUGUAAAUUACCGCCGGGCACCUGAAAAUCGUUUUCCUUGUGCCUAUGAUGAUGGAUGGACAGCCCUGCAGUGGGUCGACUCUAGAUCGUGGCUUAAAAGUACAAAGGACUCAAAAGUUCAUAUAUAUCUUGCUGGUGAUAGCUCUGGUGGGAACAUUGUACACAAUGUUGCUUUAAGAGCAGUAGAAUCUGGAAUUGAUGUAUUGGGAAAUAUACUGCUCAACCCAAUGUUUGGUGGGCAGGAGAGAACUGAAUCUGAGAAGCGAUUGGACGGGAAAUACUUUGUCACCAUCCAAGACCGGGACUGGUAUUGGAGAGCUUUUCUCCCUGAAGGGGAAGACAGGGACCACCCGGCAUGUAACCCAUUUGGUCCAAGGGGUAAUAACCUUGAAGCUAUCAAGUUCCCAAAGAGCCUUGUCGUGGUGGCUGGUUUGGAUCUUGUUCAGGACUGGCAAUUGGCUUAUGCUAAAGGGCUUGAGAAGGCUGGCAAAAACAUCAAACUUAUGUAUCUUGAGCAGGCCACAAUUGGUUUCUACUUGCUGCCAAAUAAUGACCAUUUCUACACCGUGAUGGAUGAGAUAAGUAAAUUUGUGUGUUCCAACUGUUAAUAGAAUUGACUUUCAUCGCGUGCGGUGAUAUAUAACCUAAGCUUGACAUUUCACCCGGAAUAAUGAAGGGUUUGUUUGCAGUACGUAAGAUUGUGUAGCUAUAGUGAUUAUUACUAUUGUAUUGAUAAUUGUGGUACUAAAAGAUCCUGCUGGGGUCUGGUUCUUGUCUGAGGAGGACUAGGCUUGGUUGUUGGAUGCAAAGGUAUAUGUGGAUCUGCAUAUAGCUGGAUCAGCAUGUUUUGUUCUGGUGCAAAUCGGAGCUUCUGAAAAUUUGGUAUUUUGGUUAGAUAAAGCUUUGCAGACAGCAGGAUCGAUUAACCAAGGUUAGCAGUCCCACAACACUUCCAGAUUUGAGGAUUCCGACUACUGGCCACAAUGAAGAGGAAGACACUCAGGAUUGUUGGUGUAACACCGACAUCCAGUGACUGAUCCAUGAGUCAGUGACUUGCUAAUGUUAUGUUAUAUAUAGCUAAUUCGGAACAUGGAUGGAAAAUCAUCCUCCAUGGUAUUGUUGUCAUGUAUUAUUGUGUAUACUUAUGUCCUAGAUUAUAUAAAAUGGUUGUGUAUUGGCUGUUGCCUUUGUUGUUU